UAAAAAGACUAGAAAACCCAAUAGGGCUUGUUGGUUCAGACCUACCAAAAAGAGUACAGAGUCCAUUUGGAUUUGGAAGAACACCAGUUUCAGGCAACGAUUUAAAAGUGUCGGUUCAAGAGACCAAACUUCAGAUGCCAUUCAACCCUAGAAUUCAAACUAACCGUGGUCCCUUUAAGUUCAGAACAUUUUUCAAAAUACCUCCCAGUUUUAUAAAAACUGGUUCUAGCCCGCAUGGGAACAAUGUAAUUGGUAUUGUUAAGACCAAUGCUAAGGUUUAUCCGAUACCUAUAUUCCCAGGGGCCAUCAGUGGAAAUAUAGGGGAACCUGUUAAUCGACAGACAGAUAGUGGAUUAGAUAUAUUUAAUGGUAAUGAAUUUAGUGCGUUCUUGGAUCCAACUACCAAUCUCCCAGUCGGGUUUACUGUAAAGAAAUUCGAUUAUGAAGUAGGCAGCGUUGUUGAUCUGCUUCAAAAUAAUAAACCGAGGACUGUGAAGGAAAAGAAAAAGGUCGCAGUGGUGUCUAAAGAAAACAAAAGAGAGGGGAGUGGAGUACUUAAGCUCUUGGACAAUGAUGCCAUUGUUAAAAAGAUUGUAACUGUACUUCGCAGAAAGGGCCCUUUGAAACCAAAUGAAAAUGAGUUAGUAAUUCCACCAAAUAUUAUUGAUUCAAAGAGUAGGAACAACAUAAUCUUGUACUUAAAGGAUUUAAAAACGAGGAAGCACAACAGUACACCCAAAAUUCCUUUAGAUUUAAUAAAACUCCUGAAAAACCCAGUUUUCGUUCGUUACAUAAAGAGAACUAACCCUGUAACAAGCAACAAUACAAUGAACAUUCCGGAGACAAACAAAGUAGGUUUGAUUUUUGACAGAAUUGGUGUAUCUGGGGAACCUAUUCAGAAGAAAAAGGAAACACUAGCAUCUGAAUCUAAUUCCUCUCCCACCACGAAAAGCAAUACCAAAGUCAUGACUUCCAAAUCCAAGAAAGCUAAAGCAUUCCUCAACACAAAGCAAAUGCCUCCAAUUGUGCCGAAGAGUAGAGCUAGGGUGAUCAAAAAGAAUGAACCUGUAAUUUCUCUUCCCCCAGUCCCAGUUCUGAAGUUUGAUAGUAUUUUAGACCUAAAGCAACGGAAACCGCUAAAAAUGAAUCUUACCAAAGAGAUAUGUAGAGGCUGUACACUAGAUGGGGGGUUAGGAUACGCUAACCAUCCCAGUCGCUGUGAUCGCUUUGUCGUCUGCUACCCGGGAGAGGGCGGGAAUCUUGUUCCAAUAGAACAAGAGUGUGCCUAUGGUUUGUUCUGGAGUCAAACUGCUUUAACUUGUCGGCUGCCUAAAGAUGUGCUUUGCCCUUAUGAUAAAUGCCGCAAAAGUGCCGAGAAACGUCAAUACCCCCACGAAGGAAAUUGCAAGGCUUUCUGGGAGUGUCGUGACGGAUAUUCUGUCCCCCAGUGUUGUCCCUCGGGAAUGGCAUUCAGGGAGGGGAAGGGAUGUGUGAAAAAUGUCGGAUUUUGCAAAAGCAGGUGCCCCAUUGGCGAGAGUGAAAUACAGCCAGUAUUUUGGCAAGGUGAAUGCGACAAACGUGCAGUUCCAGGAAGUCCGGACAAAUUCGAGCGCCAUGUGUAUUUCCAAUCAAAUCCAGGUGUUGCCGGGCGGAUCCAGCAGGAGUGGAUGGUCCAGCAGUGUUCACCAGGCACGGAAUUCCGGCCUGAGGUCUGUGACUGUCGGGCCUCAGAAACAUUGACAAAUCUUUUACUUGGAAAACGAGUUUGUUCCCCUGAUGUGUACUUACCGUUCACGCACGGCUUGAGUGACGAGUCCAUUGCCAGAACACAUGUCCGUGCCGACAACGUUACCAUGACAACCAGCGGCACAGCAUGCUUCAGUGGGCAAUCCGUAUUGGCAAUGGCUAGGUUUGCCAAUAUGGACCUUGGUUCAUAUCUUUACGUAAAAAUAAGAUAUCGGCAUGUAUUAUCUAAUCCAAAGAACGAAGUACUCCUCUACAAUGGCGACUGUGAAAGGAAGCCAUCUUUGAUUCUGGGCAGUACUGCGGAUGGAAACUUUGUUUCUGUUUUGUCAACUACUGGAGAGAUGCACACAAUUAAUGUUAAAUCCCCGAUUCCAGCAAUAGAAUGGAGAAGAGUUGCCCUGGUAAUAGAUAACGGUAAUAUCAAAUUGACGUCAGAUUCACAGACGGCAGAAAAGAAUGCAGUUGGCGUGGUAGAGCGUGCUCAAUGCGGUAUGAAAAUCGGAUGGGGAGAGGGAUAUGAACAUUUUAAUGGCUGCAUCGAUGACUUUACCUUGUACAGAUGUAAACCAGACAGACCAAUCGGCAGCUAGGACCUCUCAGUGUAAUAGCCUCAAAGAAAUCCAUCCCCAUCUUCAUUGAUACCAAGUGAAAUUAAAUUCGCUGAAAAUUUAUAUAUUUGAAACAUUAUUUAUUUUUGUACCUAAUUCAUUGUCAGUAUUUUUGUAGAACCUAACAAACAUGUGUACAUUUACGCAGUUGUACAUGAUUUUCAUGACGUUAUAAUAUACAUUGUAUGUUGGAUUCUGAAGUAUUAUGUAAAUAUAAAGUUAGGGAGUUUAGCCAAUGAACAGAACUUUAUGGUUGUAUUUAAA